CACAUUGCACAUACUCUUGUAGCGAACUCGCUUUUCAUGCAACCCUGUGUUAUGGAAUCCAAGAAACGUCAACAUUGACAUUUCUACAAAAUCUUCAACCUUUUCUUUUCCGCUCUACUGUCAAAAACAGAGGUUUAGUAGCUUAAAAUGGCCAAGUCAAAGAAUCACACCAAUCACAAUCAAAACAGGAAGGCGCAUCGCAAUGGCAUCAAGCGCCCAAUCCGCAAGCGUCAUGAAUCGACUCUUGGUAUGGAUGUCAAAUUCCUAAUCAACCAACGUUAUGCACGCAAGGGUAAUUUGUCCCGCGCUGAGGCCAACAAACGCUAUGAAGAGCGUGUAGCUGCUCAAGCCGGCAAACCAAAACCCGUCACUUUAUAAAUAUUGCAAAUUAGCAAUAAAAAGUGGGCUUUGUAACAUGGGUGGCAUUAAAUUAAAUAAAAAACAAUUUUUUUAAAUUAAAAACAAAAUAA